AACAGGUGAUCGACCGCCACCGGAGUCGCCAUAGCCUUUGUCCCAUGUUGAUGACGUCACACACCGCGGUACAGUUGUAUCUUCAAUCAUGGCGGCGGAAGGACUGGACAUGAGUAGCAACGGGGAUGUGAGCUCAGAGCUAGAAACCCCCGUCCCACCUGAGGUCAUGCCUGCCGAGCAGCCAGAACUCCCACAACCCCCACAGCCGGAAAGCUCUCAGCCCGAGGAGACGGCGGAGCACACGGCGGAGACGCAGGACGUCGGCGGUACUGCAGCGUAUCCGACAGCCCUGGAGGAAGGCGAUGACGAGGAGGGCGAGCUUCCCGUCGAUUUCGACAGACUGUGGCGGGUGGCCCAUGACAACCCACAGGAGUUUUCCAGCUGGACGGACCUCCUGCAGUACUGUGAACAAGAGAGUCACACGACAGCCUCUCGCCGGGCGCUGGGGGCUUUCCUGGUCAGGUACCCCCUCUGUUACGGCUACUGGAAGAAGUUUGCAGACUUGGAAAGGCGCGCGGGGAACUCGAUCAGAGCUCAGGAGGUGUGUGUGCGCGGACUGAAGGCCAUUCCUUUAAGCUUGGACCUGUGGAUCCACUACAUCACCCUGCUGCAGGACACUCUUAACAUGAACCUGCCGGAGUCCACGCAGCACAUCCGCAGUGCCUUCGAGGCCGCGGUGUCUGCUGCGGGGCUUGAAUUCCACUCCGAUCGCCUCUGGGAGAUGUAUGCAGACUGGGAGCGGGAGCAGGGCGACCUGCGGGCGGUGACGGCCAUUUACAGCAGGGUGAUGAGGAUCCCCACGCAGCUCUACAGGGGUCACUUCGAGAGGGUUCGAGCUCACCUCUUUGCACACCACCCCAAAGACCUCCUUCCCCCGGAGGAAUACAAGUGCCUCCGUGCCGAGUUUCAGCAGAGCCAGCAGGGCGAGACUGCCCCCGUAGAGGGGGAGGAGUCUGAGGAGAAGCCCCCCGGGGAGGAGACCCCGGAGGACAGCAACACGAAGGAUCAGGACACGGAGGAGGAUGUACAGAAAAUGCAGGAGCUCCUGCUAGCAGACAGACAGAAGCUGUAUCAGCAGACGGAGCUGGAGGUGGGCAAGCGGUGGGCCUUUGAGGAGGCGAUAAAGAGGCCAUACUUCCACGUCAAGCCUUUGGACCGAGCCCAGCUGAAGGCCUGGCAUUCCUACCUGGACUGGGAGAUGAGUGAGGCGGAGCAGAGGGUCCCCGAGGCGGAGGACGAUGGCAGCCGGGCGGGACGCAGGCGCGUACUGGUGCUGUUCGAGCGCUGCCUUAUCGCCUGCGCACUGUACGAGGAGUUAUGGACCAAGUAUGUGCGGUUCCUGGAGCAGCACAGCGUGGAGGAGGCGCAGGCCGUGUACCGCCGGGCCUGCGAGGUCCACCUGUCGCACAAGCCCAGCAUGCACCUGCAGUGGGCCACCUUCGAGGAGAGGCACGGAAACAUCACGGAGGCCCGGAGGGUGCUGAAGAGCCUGGAGGAGGCCAUGCCUGGCCUGGCGAUGGUGCGACUGCGACGGGCCGGCUUGGAGCGCCGCACGGGGCGGCUGGACCAGGCGGAGGAGCUGCUGCGGGAGGCCGUGCUCCAGAGCAAGGAAACGCCCACGCUGCACGCCUUCUACUCCAUCAAGCUGGCCAGGCUGCUGCUGAAGCUGUCCAAGAACUCAGCCAAGGCCAGGAGCGUGCUGCUGGAGGCCAUCGAGCUUAGCCCGGACAACAGCAAGCUACACCUGAACCUCCUAGAGCUGGAGGUGGCGGGGGACCCCCGAGGUAACGGGAUCGGGGUGCAGCAGUGUGUGAGCCGAGCCCUGGCGGCCCCUCUGUCUCCUCACACCAAGUUGCUCUUCUCCCAGCGUGGCCUGCAAUUCGCUGAAGACUUCGGGGCCACGGUGCAGAGCGUCCUGACUGUUUACGACGAGCAUCAGAAGCUGCUGAAAGAACUUGGCAGCAAAAAGCGAGGUGCUGAGAAUGGGGACAACGAUGACCCUGAGAAGAUGAGCAAACUAGAAGAGAGCGCGCCAGCACCUUCCAUGGCCACACCUCCGAUGCCUCCCGUUGCCAUGGCAACACCGCCUCCACCAAUGAUGGGUGGCGAUAUGAGCGGCUCUCACUAUGGAUACGGAGGCUGGUACCAGCAACAGCAAUAUGGGGCUUAUGGCUACCAGAAUCCUUGGAACUACAAUCAGUACUAUCCUCCCAGCUAAAAACAGCACAGAAUGUGGAAGACCAGACAGACUUCAGAAGAACCUUGGAUGGUAGUGAAACUGUUGGCACACAAAACUGUUUCAUGCUCAAAUACAGUGACAACCCGCAAGUAAAUACUUUUAUAUACCUAACAGUUUGAACAGUAGGCUUUUUAAUGUGUAAAAUGUGCAUAUAUGUUAAAUGUUGCUAAAUUUAAUCUGUGUUUAUGAAGUCAGACUGAUUUUAGAAAAAAACAAAUAUCUGGGAUUUCAUCUAAUUGUUAGUUGGUUGUGCAGACUUAUUGCAAUGCUGCUUUGUUUGCAAAUUACUGGGAUUCUGUUUGGCUGAAGUCUUGUCCAAUUUCUUACAUGUCGUUCACAAUUUUCUGUCAUAAUUCCUGAUAGCACGUUGAUAGCAUUACAUAGUUUUAAAAAUCUCCAUUUAAUUAAAUUGACCUGAUGUAAAUUGAAAAUUUAAAUGAUUGAGGUAUUAUGUGCAUCAAUCUGACUUUGAUUGGCCAUGCAUGUGGGGGUCCUUAAGAAUCGCAGGACCAGAGACCCAUCAAUGAAAGUUAUCCCCGAGUGUGUCUUGCUAAACUGUUCUCUAUAGAUGACUUGCCUUCUGUAUCUUCUGGUUUUUGUGUUAUUGUAUAUUAUGCAGACUUUCAAACUGAAUUGAUUCUUCCUUAGGAAGCAUAAGUGUUUUGUGCAACAAACAAAAUCUUCCCGUCAUAUUAUGUUAAGCAUCAUUCCAGAAGUAGACUAGGAUUUUUUUAAGUGUGUGUGUGUGUAUAUAAAUGCAUUUUAAGCUUUGAUGAAACAGUGUAUCCAUAACUGCGACAUUAACUGUCACCUUGUACCUGAAUAUAUAAUGAUAGUAAGAUAUUUUGUAUUUUGACAUAGACAUUUUUAAUGUUGGUAUGAUUGGGAAUAGCGUUCUUUUGUAGCUGUGAAGUUGAGGUAAUUGAACAAAAAUUGAAUUAUACAUGUCAGUCUGGAUGAGAAAUGUAACACCACCCCCCCCACCCCCC